UUUGUGUGGUAAAAAUAAAUAAUGUACAAUUUUUUGUGUUGUAAAGAUAAACCACCAACAUACAAGUUAAGUUGGAGUAAAAUAAAUGUAACAUCUGAGCACCGACGGUAAGCCGAGUGUCUUGUAGGACAAAGGAGGAGUUGGAUGGAGGUUUGGUCUUCCAUCGAACGGUGGGUCUUUCGCGCAACUAUAAGAAGAUUCUGAGUAACAUCUUCGUCCCCCCAACCGAACAGAUUUUCUUUUGUAGCGUGAUUCAAGCCAUCAAAGUUGACCUUCAAAAAGUGAGAAAUGGCAGCCUCGGCCUGUCUCACCGACCAGACCAGCUCGGAGAGAGAGAGAGGGGAAGGAGGCAGGGUGGAUGAAGCAUGCAUAAGCGCCUCUUUUGGUCUUUCAUUUCGUUCUUUCUUUUUCUUCCCGUCGCCUCUGUAGUUGCCCCUUUCCUCCGUCCCCGACAUCGAGUUCUUUCCUGCUUGUCCUGUUCUUUAUUCCUCCUCUGCUCUCCUUAGUUUUCUUCACCUGAUUCACGUCAACAAGGGCGUGACAGACAAACUCAUGCGCAUUGCCUCACACGAUCCGAGGGCCAUCCACCGCCCCUGUUAAAUUAUAGUCCUUCAAUCACCUCCUCCUUUUCCCUUUUUGGCUUUAGAAAUGAGAAGACCAAGACGUUGAUCUCUCUCUCUCUCUCUCUCGGUGUGUGCAGAGAACGAGUCCCAUCUUCCUCCUCCAUCGUCGUCCGGCAGCUGCAGCUCGUCGUAUGGCGAUGAAGGGUGUGGUCACAUUAUCUUUUUCUCGAUCUCUCCUGCUGGUCUGCAGAUGAGGGGAGAGAGGCGCAGCUCCGCCACAUCUUUCCUCGCCUCCGCUUUGGUGGUGAUCGAGUUCCUGCUGUUCGCUGCUCCCAAGGCAGAUGGGCUCGGCUCCAUGUCGACCGUCGCCGUGGCGUACGGGACGGGCACCGUGUGCGGGAUUCGAAGCGGGAGACGGGUCCCGCAGAGCAUCGAGUGUGUGGUUGGGGGAGCGGUGGUGCAGGUCCUCCCCAGUGUCUCCUUCAACGGAAUCGCCGGUGGCAGGGAUUUCUUCUGUGGGUUGAGGGCCGGCGGUUUGCAGCUUCUCUGCUGGGAGGCCUUGGCAAUGUUGCCGGGGAAUGGAACUCUCUCUCCGAAGCGCAUCUACAACAGCGCCACUAUGCCGCUGGCCGAAGCCACCGUCGGCGAGAGUCAUGUCUGCGCCAUCCACAAUGCCACGGGGGCAGUUGGUUGUUGGCGUCCCUUCCGAGACCCUGCAGUCGACCUGGGAGGGCUCCGGUCCAUCACCGCCGGACGCGGCUUCUCCUGCGGCAUAUCCGUCGCUGAGAAUCGUCGCGUCCUCUGUUGGGCCGUGGCAGGUGACGGAGCUGCCACGGCGGUCGCGUCGGAUAUUCAAGCAGGAUUUGCUCAAUCUACCGCCGGUUUGCUCACGUUGGUAGCUGGUGAAUCGCAUGCUUGCGGGGUAGCCGUCGAUGGCGCGUUAGUUUGCCAUGGGAAGAAUGACUCCGGGCAACUGAAUGCUCCACAGGGACCGCCAUUCUCAUUCACCGGCCUUGCUUUGGGGAGGAACUGGAGUUGCGCGAUUAGGAAAUCAAACGGAACAACAGUGUGCUGGGGCGGUGGGUUUCCCCGCUCUUAUCCAAAUGACACCUCUUUCGAGUCCAUCGUCUCCGGCGACGACUUCGUCUGCGGGCUGACCACGGGCAAGCUUUCCGUCGUUUGCUGGGGGCUAAACAGGUUCAAUCCGGCCAGAGCCGUUCCGUUGCCGCAGAUCAUCCCGGGACGUUGCACUCGGCCGGCAGAAUGUCAAUGCGGCCCUUACCCUGACUCGGAGAACCUCUGUUCCGCUUCUCUGAUGAUCUGCGCGCUCUGUAGCGACCAACCUCCGCCGCCUCCACCACCAUUUCUUUCUCCUCCUCCGUCCUUAAGCCCGUCAGGUAGCUCGAAAAGCAAGGGGCUUAUCGCCUUCGCUGCGAUAGGAAGCCUCGGUGCUCUUUCCGGCAUCGCCACCGUCGUCUACUGCAUGUGGUCCGGCAUUUGCUGCUGCAGGCAACAAAGGAUACACAAUUCUGUGCAGCCAAGGAUCGCCGGUGUUAUCACGACAAGCCCGUCAAGGUCUUCAGUAUUCCGGCGGCAGAGGAGCGGCACGUCGUCGACGAAGCCAAUUGAUCGAGGGGCAGAAGAAUUCUCCUUCUCGGAGCUCUCCGCCGCCACAAAUGGGUUUGCAGCGGAGAACAUUAUCGGAGCGGGGAGUUUCGGCACCGUCUACAGGGGAAAGCUUUCCGAUGGUCGGGAAGUGGCGAUCAAGAGGGGGGAGAUCGGCCCCAGGACGAAGAAAUUCCAGGAGAAAGAGAGCGCGUUCCAAUCCGAACUCGCCUUCCUCUCUCGUCUUCAUCACAAGCACCUGGUCUCCCUUGUGGGCUUUUGCGAGGAGCUCGAGGAGAGGCUGUUGGUCUACGAAUUCAUGCACAACGGCGCUCUCUACGAUCACCUGCACACCAGGAACGAGCCAAGCUCGCACAUAAACUCAUGGCGAACGAGAAUCAGGAUCGCCCUCGACGCGGCGCGCGGCAUCGAGUACCUGCACAACUACGCCGUGCCGCCGAUCAUUCACCGGGACAUAAAGUCGUCCAACAUCUUGCUAGACAUCGGAUGGACGGCGAGGGUGUCGGAUUUCGGGCUUUCGCUCAAGGGGCCGGACGCGGAAGACGGCCACCUGAAUUUGGUAGCAGCGGGGACCGUCGGCUACAUGGAUCCCGAAUACUACGGGCUGCAGCACCUCACCACCAAGAGCGAUGUCUAUGGGUUCGGCGUGGUCAUGCUGGAGAUGCUGACGGGCAAGCGCGCGAUUCACAAGGACGAGGCGACCGGGACGCCGGUGAGCGUCGUCGAUUUCGCCGUUGGGAAGAUCAUUUCCGACGAAUUGACGGCGAUACUGGACAGGAGGGUGGCUCCGCCGCAGGGUGCGGAGGCGGAGGCGGUGGAGCUCAUGGCCUACAUGGCGGCGCAUUGCGUGAAUUUGGAUGGCAGGGAGCGGCCGAGCAUGACUGAUAUCGUGGCCAAUUUAGAGAGGGCCGUGUCCAGGUUCAGUGAGAGCCAUGGGAGCAUCUCCAGCAAUGGCAUUUCAUCUGUCAGCUUAUAGCACUACAAGAGAAGGUCGCCUGCGCCGCCAAUUUUCUUCUUUCUGCUACUCUGCAUCACCGUGCUUCUCCAUUUUCAUUCUCCUCUCUACAUUGUUCUAAUUGUUGGAUUUGAUUUGCAAAAUUUUUAAUUGGUUGUUUCAUCUGAUUCUUUUGGGUAAUUUAUUGUGGAGCGGUGGAUUAUGGAAGCCAUUUAAGAUGUAAAUUCUUUCACUGCAAUUUCCUUCUCAAGGAGUUGACAAAUUGAUCGAUCA